AUGCUUUGUUUCCUUGCAUACAUCCCCACCUGUGUUGUUGGGCAGAUUCGUUAUUCUAUUCCGGAGGAAAUGAAGAAAGGAUCGUUCGUCGGCAAUGUUGCUCAAGAUCUGGGUUUAGACAUUAAAAGACUCCGUUCAGGUCGAGCCCGUAUUGUAACUGGAGACAAUGUUAAGUAUAUCGAGCUGCAGUCAGAAACGGGGAUUUUGGUAGUCGGCAAAAGAAUAGACCGAGAAGAGAUUUGUGCCGAAAUUACACCUUGCAGCUUUACUUUUGAUAUAAUAUUAGAGAACCCAAUUGAAUUACACCCUGUUACUGUAUCCAUUCAAGAUCAAAAUGACAAUGCACCGCAGAUUCUAUAUCCAGUGCAAACUGAGGGUUCAUUGGUCGCUGAAUUGGUUCCUCGUUCAGCAGAUGUUGGCUACCUUGUUAGUAAAGUUGUGGCCAUAGAUAUGGACUCUGGACAGAAUGCCUGGCUCUCCUAUAAACUACAGAAAGCCACAGACAGGGCUCUGUUUGAAGUUGGAGCACAGAAUGGAGAAAUAAAGACUGUGCGACAAAUCACCGAUAAGGAUAUUGUGAAACACAGACUCACUGUUGUGGUGGAGGACAACGGACAGCCUUCUCGUUCAGCUACAGUCACUGUAAAUGUGGCCGUGGCCGACAGUUUCCCUGAGGUCAUCUCAGAGUUCACUGUUACAACUGACCCAAACUACAACGACAAUUUGACCUUUUAUUUAAUUUUGGGCUUAGUCACUGUUUCAGUACUCUUUAUUUUCGUAUUAAUUGCCAUCAUUUCAGUGAAAAUCUGCAAAUGGAGACAGCAGAGAUAUUUUUAUAAAUCUGCAGCUAAUCUUCCAGUGAUUCCAUACUACCCACCGGUCUACGCUGAUGGUACUUUACAGCAUGUGCAUAAUUAUGAGAUGUGUGGAACGACUGAUUCGAGGAUGAGUGACCUUAAAUUUGUCAGACCUUACAGCCAGAAUACACUGAUGAAUGUGAGUCGUGCUGGAACUAUGCAGAGAGAAAAGCGAGAGCAAAUGGAUACAGAUGUAACUUCAGAGGUGAGACUUUUCAAUGACCUCCUUGCACAGUGGUGA